AUGUUUAACUUUGACAAAAAAUAAUUACUUCAAUUUGCAGGAUUUGCUGCUGUUACAGCAAUAACUAUUGGAUUCUUCUUGAAAAUCAAGAAACAAAAAUCUUCAGUCUUUACUGAUAUAAUAAUCAAUCGUAAUUUUAAAUAUCAAUCUUAACUAAAUGACUUAGAUAUCAAGUAGAUUGAUAAGUAAAAUACUCAUAGUCUCUACAUUAUGGCAACAUAGAAACUACCCACUAUUCUUGAAAAAGUAGACUCUAGAGGAAAGCUCACAUUCUAUUCUCUAUAUAAACAAAUUACAGAAGGAGAUGCUGAUGAAGCUCCAGAUAAUGAUCAAGUUACUAACCCAGUUAAAUACUAAGCUUGGCUGUAACAGAGAGGUAGAUUAGUUGAGACAUGCCAAUAGGAGUAUAUUGCUUUGAUGACCAGAUAUGAUGAAUAAUUUCGAGAAAUAGUAGAUUAAUUAGUGACAGGGAAAAUAAAGAGAAUAAAAGUUGAAGAUUCCUCAAUGACAUCAGGGGGUAUUUUGGCAAAGUCUGUUCCCAGACCUAAAGCUGAGGACUAAACCUAGUAUUUGAAGUCACUUACCUAAGAUGAGAAAGAUAUGAUGCUAACUUAUCAAAUGAUUCGAGAGGACAAAAAUGAGUCUUUGCUAAUUUAGCUUUUAGAAGAAAAACGACUCGAUGUUAACACAAAGAAUAAAGAAGGAAUGGAUCCCUUAAUACUAGCUAUUGAUUGUGAAUUCACCAUUGAAACUCUACAAAAAUUGAUAAAGCUUGGCUGUUCUAUCAAAAAUUCUGAUACUUAGGGCAGAACUGCACUUCAUUAUGCUGUGGAUUUAGAAAAUAUUGAGCUGAUUUAAUUCCUCAUCGAUAACGGAGCAGAUAAGAAUACCAAAGAUCAUAGCGGUUCUUCACCUUUAGAUGAAGCUGAAACGAAUGAAGAAAUAAUGGAAAUUUUGGGAGCAUGA